AUGUCAUUAUUUUCAAAAAAAGAAUAAAAGAAAUAGCCUACACAAUAUUUAGAUUUUGAUUCACUUGUUGUUAAAAAGUAUAAUUAUGAAUCAAAGAAAGCUAAUGAAUAAUCUGUAAAGCAAGAAUAGUAUAUAAAUGAUUUAAGAAAAGUGUAUGAAUUCCAAAAAAAAUUAGUUAUGAAUAGUAAAGAGUUGAAAUUGAACCUAUAUUUUAAAAAGUAGAGAUUCUUUAAGUAGAAAGGAAAUAAUUAAUGGAUGAAGUUGAGUAAUAUAAAAUGAGUCAAAUGGAAAUUCUAAAGAAAUAUGAAGGGGAAUAUUAGGAAAAAGAGAAAUUCAGUAAAGAAUGCUAAAAAUACAAAUAAUAGAUUUUAGCACUUUAAAAGAUGUAAAUGCCUUAAGAAUUUUAAGAAAAAAAAUGUCAGGAAUUAAAAGAAUCUUUAUAUAAUACUAUAAAAGACAUAAUGAAUGACUUUUUAGAAAAUUAUAAUGAUUAAAUAGGAUAUGAAAAUGAUAAUGAAGGUACAUAUUAAAAAUAAAUAAAGUUAGUGCAACAUUAUUACAUGAAUUACUUUAAUAGAUAGAUGAUUCUAUAUUAAUGUUUGUAGAGAAUCUUCCUGCUUAAUCCAGUAGAUGUUAUUAAUCAGAAGAAGUUCAACAUUUAAAAGAUUAAAUAGAAAAGACUUUAUAGAAUGUUGCUAAUUUACAAUCUGAAAAUUAAGAUUUAUUGGCAUCUUUAGAAUCUGAAAAAUAAUUAAAAGAAAAAAUUAAUAAUCAAAAAAACACAUAAUAAUAAUUAGUUUGUUAAUUAUAAAAUCAAAUUGAACAAGUAGUUAAUGAAAAAAAGGGUAUUGAUUCAUAACUUUAAGAAAUUUAAAUAAAAUAUUAGGAUAUAUUAUAAGAAUUUUAAAAAUUGAAUUAAAUUAAAGAAGAUGAAAAAGAAAAGCUAAAAGAAGAAUUAAUAGGAUUAGUAAAUGAACUGUAAAAAGAAAUUUAAAAGAUUUAAUCAGAGAAUUCUAAACUUUUGUAGUAAAUUGAAGAGUAGAAAACUGAAAUAAAUAAAUAAACUGAACUUUUUAAUAAUAAAGUUCGAGAUUUAGAAACUAAAUUAAAUCAUGAAGAACUUAAAUCAGAAUAAAAAUAUAAAGAAGUAAUAUUAUUCAUAUAAUAUAGUUACUUAGAAGUGAAAGAGAAUUAAAUUAAUAUAAAUCAGAAGCUACAAAACUGUUUGAAAAUAAUAAUCUUUUAUAAUAAUAAUUAGAUGCUUAUAAAGAAAAAAGAAAAUAAGAAAAAGAAAUAUUCGACGAUUAAAAAGAUAAAUUUAAAUAAAUAAAAUUAUAAUUAUAAUAAUAAGAAUAAGAUUAUUAAGCUAAAAUUAUUUAACUUGAAGAAUAAAUUCAUUAGUUAUAAUAAACAACUUAAAGUACUAUUUCAUCAGAGAUAUCAAUAAAUCCAGAAAUUGUUAUGGAAAAAGAAAUAUAAAUUUCAAAAUUAGAAUAAACUAUAUUAGAGUAAUAAUUUAUUAAUAAUAUAAUAGAUUAACUUAAAAAACAAGUGAAUUAAAAUAAAAAUUAGCUGAAAACAUGAUAAUGAUUAAUGAAUAGAAUUAAGAAUUGGAAAAAUAAAGAUUGACUAAUCAAUAACAUUUAGAAAAAAGAGCUAUUGCAAUAAGCGAAUUAAAUCGAUUAGAACAAUAAAAUUAAAUAUUAAAAUAAGUAAUAAUUAAAUAAUACUUAGAAAAUGAAUGAUCAAAAUUAAAUAAUUAAAUAAUUACAAAAUGAAAAUUAGUAGAUUUCUAAAUUGCUUCAACCAUUAAAGUAAUAACCUCUUCCAAAUAUGCAGAAAUAAAUAUUAAAUCAAAGCAUUUCAAAAACACCUGUAGGGGAAGUUAAUAAUUUAGAUUCAUCUAUUCAUUCUGAUGUUGAGAGCUAAAAUUCAAAACAGUCUAAAACUCCAUCCUUUUUUACAAAAGGUUUAAAUUAUUUUAAACCAAAGCCUUAACCAAUUUAAUAUAUGGUAUAUAAAAUCAAUAUGAAAAGUAAUAAGAAAAUUCAGAUUUAAAAAUUGCUGUGACUAUGAUACAUAAAUAAUCUGAGGAGUUAAAAUUAAAUUUAGAAUAACUUUAUAAAUGUUUUUUGUCGACAGUUCUCUUAAAUUAAAAUAAUUAAGAUAAUAAAUUUCUUAAAUUUGAAAGAGAAAUUAAUGAGUGUUUAAAGAAAACUUAAGAUUUAAAUGAUAAUAUUGAAGAUUUUUUGGUAUUAUGA